AUGAAGUUAAUACACUCCUUUAGUUCCCUCUGGGGAAUAUUCUUGCAUCUUCUGCUACUCAACACUACCACACUCGUUUACAGUCAUCCUCACGAUGCCUUCCAUCAUCGGGCUAAAGCUAACGAUUCUUUCGGGGGUCUCGAUGGCCUCGAACCACCUGUACUUGAAAAGCGUGCCCAGCCUGAUCUUAGGGUAAUGGCUCUUGGAGCAUCCAUCGUCUUUGGUGUGGGAUCAAGCGAUGGAAAUGGCUUCCGCAAGCUCCUGAGAGAUCAGCUGCGUUUUUCUGGCUAUAAAGUUGACAUGGUCGGCACAAAGAACGGUGGGACCAUGAAAGACAACGACGUGGAAGCAACUUCUGGCUUCAUUGUGAAGCAGAUUCACGAUGCUUCUAAGCUUUCGUACAAGUACAAACCAAACCUAGUCGUCAUCAAUGCUGGCACAAACGACAUUGUUGGAGGCAUUGACCCGGCUGGCCAGCCCCAAAGACUCAAAUCGAUGCUGCUCGACCUCUGGUCGAACAUCUCGCCCGAGACUGUCAUCAUUGUCUCGACUAUUCUUCCCGUCGACAAACCCGCGGCCGAAGCCUUCCGCGGCGGUGUCAACAACGGAUAUCGUGAUGUCGUCUCGGAUCUGUACAAGGAGGGCAAGCCCAUCUAUCUGGCGGAUCUGGAUGGUUUCAUGACGCUCUCGGACCUGGGUGACGGCACGCAUCCUACAGACUUCGGUUUCAGGAAAAUGGCGGGCGCAUUCUGGUCGGCUAGCCAGAAAGCCGAAAAGGAAAACAAGUUCAAGGAUCCCCUACCCGCAGAUACCUCCAACGACGGCGGCAAAACCUGUCGCAAGAGUCCUGGUGAUGGCGUCAACGCCGGUUCCCUGACCCAGAGGGGCAGUGGCUACGACGACGGCACUUAUGAGCACGACAGUCAAGAAAUGGGCGCGCUCUUGACCAUCACCAGCGACUGGGAUCGGGACCAGUGGUUCUUUGCCCGCAUCUUCCGCUCCGACCGUGACGAUCUUCUUGGCUGGGUCGAAAACUCUGCGGGUAAUGUUGUUUACGCCGUGCGGAGGAAUGAUGGGGGUGGGAAGUUCACCAAAAUUGCUACCGACUUGAAUGUCAACGACAGUUGCAGGCCGAAAGGAGUUGUUUUUAUCGACCUGAAUGGCGAUGGACUUGACGACUUUGCAUGCAUUGGUCCUAACGGUGCCGUCUAUGCCAGUAUCAACCAAGGUAACGGAGGCGGCGACAAGCCUCCAUCCUUUGUCUACAAGGGCCUUUGGAGAGCUGCUGACUCGAGGUUUCCUCAAGCCAAGGUUCGUCUGGCAGAUAUUGACGGUGAUGGUCGAGCUGAAUUCUGUGGUCUUUCUGACAACGGAGACGUCUACGUUUGGCGUAACGGAUGGAUCAACGACAUGCCCGAAUACUGGCAAGCUCUUGGAAAGAGGUUCAAUGGUAAGGGUAUGGGUAACCUGGAUGGUACUCGCUUCGAAGACCUUAACGGUGACGGGCGUGACGACUGGAUCUGGGUUGGUGACAAGGGAGAGGCGCACACCUGGACCAACUCUCGAAGUUGUGGCGUGGGAAAAGAAGGCGACGGUCUCAAAGUAGCCUGGCGUCCGGGCUACUACAAGGGCAAGGCAUCGGGUCCUACUCACGCAGGUGGCUUUGCCAGCGGGAUCCGGAACAGGAUACAUUUCGCCCGCAUCUACGGCGAGCCCCAGGACUUUGGCCUUCUUGGGAAGCUGGACUAUGUGCACAUGGAGCAUACCAAGGGCAGCAACGGGAAGCACACAUUCAGGAUGUGCGUCUGGAAAAACAAGGGAUACGGAGCCACCAAACCCAAGGCCGACGGCAACAAAUACUGCGACAUGACUGGCAACGGGCGAGACGACUAUGUCUGGGUCCUGUCCAAGGGAGAGAUGGACUUUUACCCCAAUGGCGGCAAGAACUUCAUCACCGGCCAGGAGAGCUACUGGGGGCCUAUGCAAAAGGCCUUCUUUAAGCCAGACCGCGACCUCGAUCGAAGAGACCUCCAUCUCACAGACUGGGACGGGGACGGCAGUGCGACAUUGUCUGGGUUGACCCGAAUAACCAAAAUCUACCUCGCUAAUCCUGCGCCUGAGCUGUACUGCCCUGAGAAGAGAGGCAUCGGAUUCCACGAUAUCCCCGUUCAGUUUGCUGAUGUCUCGGGCAGUGGCCGCAGCGACUAUCUGUGCAUCGAGAAGAACGGCAGGAUCUCUUUGAAGGAAAAUAGCCGCCGCGAGUAG